ACUCACUCACUAACCAAGCAAAGAAAGAAACAAUAAAGAAACCAAAAAGAUGAAACCCAAAAUCCUAACCCUAACCGGCGACGUCAUGCUCGGCCGCCUCAUCGACCAACUCCUCCCGCACCCCGUCCCCAACGCCCCCGCCUCCGAGCGCAGCCUAAUCCCACACCUGCGCCUCCAACACGCCCACCUAAAGAACUACACCCCGUCCUCCCCCUGGGGCAAUGCACUCCCCCUCCUCCUGCACGAAUCCGACCUAACCCUCAUCAACCUCGAAACAGCAGUAACGAACACGUCCUCGCCCUGGCCGAACAAGGUGUUCAACUACCGCGCGUCGCCGGAGAAUGCGUGUGCCGUGUUGCGCGCGGCGGGCGUUGACUACGCCGGGCUGGCGAAUAACCACGCGGCUGAUUUUGGGGAGGCGGGGUUGGCGGAACCUCGUGGUGGGGAGGAGUUGCAGGGGAGUGGUGGAAAGGAAGGGGGCAAGGAAAGCGUGGAUGAAGGGCUCACUAUCCACGUAUACGCCGCAUCGGACCACCCCACAGCAUGGGCGAAUCUACCCACCUUCCACUUCAUAGACUACAGUGCUGAGACGCGCGCGCGGCUCAAAACACUUCUAACCUCCUCCCCCCCUCGCACUGAACAGCAGCAGCAGCAGCAGCAGCAGCCAGACAUCAAAAUAUUCUCCGUCCACUGGGGCCCAAACUACACCUGGCAACCAGCGUCCGAAAUUCGCCACCUAGCACACUUCCUCAUCGACGAGUGCGGGGUGGACAUUGUACACGGACACUCCGCGCACCACGUGCAGGGCGUGGAGGUGCACAAGGGGAAGCCGAUCAUCUACGGGUGUGGGGACUUUGUGGACGAUUACGCGGUUGAUAGGCGGUUUCGGAAUGAUUUGGGGGGCUUGUGGAGGAUUGUUUUCACGGAGGGAGACGAGGGGGUCGAGGGGAGGAAGGGAAGGCAGAGCAGGUUGGUGAUGGAUAGGGUGGAGGUAUUCCCGACGAAGUGUAAGCUGUUUCAGGUGAAUAUGCUUGAACCUGGGGAUGAAGAUCAUGAGUGGGUUGUUGAGACUAUUGGGAGGUUGAGUGGGGAGUUGGGGACGGGUGUGAGAAGGGGGGAGAGGGGGCAGGCUGUUGUUGAUUUGUAG